GAGCGGGGAGAAACGGCACUAGGGAAGCUCAACAUGAGAUACAAUUUCGAUGUGCCGGAAAAGGAGGAGCAACAGCCGCGAGCUCCGUCUCCGGCGACGCCCAAGGAAGAAGUCCAAUGGAUUCCUCUUCAGAACCACCCCAUCUUCACCACCGCUACCGCCACCGCCACUGCCGCGAGCACCGGUCAUCCAUCCGCUCACCGGACGGCCAGAAAUCUCAUGGCCUGGGACGGAGCCUCACGCCUCUACUUCUGGGAUUCCGUAAAGAAAUGCCUUCAUCGGAUCUCCAUUCGCCUGGGAGAACCCGACCCAACCUCGGUUCUCGCAGAUUCGCCUUCUAAGGUACUACAAGCAGAUGUGCAGCUCAACUUUGUGGUUGAUAGAAUCUCCAUCAAUAGAAAUGGAUCAGCAUUACUCCUUGCUGGAUCAGAUGGUCUUUGUAUAAUGUACCUCUAUGGGCGUACUUCUACAACAGAUAAUACCAUCAUUUGCAGGACUGUUUCAAUUGGUUCACAAAUUUAUUUCAACAGCAACAAUGUCAUCCGCACAUUACAAGUUUCAUGGCACCCUUCCAGUGACACUCAUCUGGGAAUCCUUUCUUCUGAUUCAGUUUUCAGAAUCUUUGAUUUGUCUUCAGAUGUUGGGCUGCCAGAGCAGGAAUAUUAUUUACAACCUGUGGACCCUGGUAAAUCUCGAAAUGCUUCAUCAAUCUGCCCUGUUGAUUUUUCUUUUGGGGCUGACCAUUUGUGGGACAGAUUUAGUGUUUUUAUUUUAUUCAGUGAUGGUUCAAUCUACAUCCUUUGUCCAGUUGUUCCUUUUGGAAGUGUCUACAAGUGGGAAUCAAUAUUAGAAAUAUAUAAUGAUGCGCACACAUUUGGGCUUAAAUCAGCCAAUUCAACUGCUGUUAGUAAUUCUAAUCUGGCAAUAUCUUGGUUGGAAGCAACAUUUCCUGAACUAGCUCACCAAGCAAUGGAAGGGGGAAAUUUAUCUAUGCUAAAAGCUCACCCUUAUGCUUUAUUUGAUGCAUCACUUUCAUUGCAGGGCCCUCUACGUAAAGUAUGCAAUGGUGGGGAAGAAGAAUUUUUGGCAGUUAGGGUUGCAGAAUGUGAGGGUCGAGCGGUAAGCUUUCUGUACAAUUUGGUCAGCAAAGACUCAAUUCUGGUGACAGCCUGGAGUGGUGGGCAAUUGCAAAUAGAUGCUCUAGCUGACGAGAUUCAGCCAGUCUGGAUUGUAGGUAGCCCACCCCGUGUUCGUGUUGAUUCCCUUGACCGUAUCCUUGGUCUUGCUAUGAUUUGUGAAUCAAUCCCAUGUGAGCUUUCUGUUGUGAAGCUUGACCAGCCACCUGAUCAGACUUUUUGGUUGGGCCAUCCGCCACCAUUGCUGAGACUGGCUAUUAUUGAUUUGGCUUUGCCAAGAAACAUGGAAAGCAGUUCUCUUAUUUCAUUAUUUGUGGAUCCCCUUAUUCCAGAGAGAAUUUAUUCCCUUCAUGAUGGAGGGAUUGAUUCAAUAGUACUGCAUUUUCUCCCAUUUACAAGUGAGGCUACUGGCAAGAAUGAGACCAUGAGAACUCCCUCUGUUCAUCCUGUUCUAAGUACAUGCCAAGCCGAAUCUUCCUCAUCGUCUCCUAUUUGUGGUUUUGUGGCAUUAUCAGAUUCAUUUGGAUAUUCAUGGAUUGUGGCUGUCACCUCCAGUCAAGAAUGUAUCGUGCUAGAAAUGAAAUCUUUGAAUUUAUUGAUUCCUGUUCAUGUUGAUAUAGAGAAAGACAUUAGCUUGGAAGAACCAAAACAGAUAGAUACACCAAAUAUUAUAAGCAAAGAACUCCUUAGUGGUCCUAAGGUGGUUUUUAUUCCUCAGACAUCACCAAAUCUGCGUUCUGUUGCUGCUGAUUCUAUUGAAGGUCGAUCAACUCUUCAUCAGUAUUUCAAGCUUUUCCAUGAAAAUUAUGUGGAAUACGCACAUAAGGUGUACUUUGAGCUCAAGCAUCAUGGUCCUCACCUGAAGAAAAUCAUUGAUGACCAGCUUGCUCGAUUAGGUGAAGCACAACAGAAACUUUUGAAAGUCGAGGAGAAACAACCAACAUUAGAGGAAAGGAUCCAUCAUGCAAAUCAGAUGCACGGUUUUCUAGAAGAGCGCUUGCAAAGCCUAAGAAACUUGCCUGGGGCUCACAAGAAACCAUUGUCUAGAGCAGAGCGCGAGUUUAAGUCUGAACUCGACAGAUUUAGAGGAGUUGAGUUGGACGCUUUGCGGUCUUCCAUUGAAACUUUAAAUGCAAGGUCGAGAAGAUAUGUGCAAUCUUCAAAAGGCAGUACCUCAAACCAACAAAGGCAUAUAUCAGGAAGGAAGAAUUUUGUUGAAGAUGCUCAAAUCUCCCAGCUGAAAUCUGCCAUUGCAAAACUUUCACUCGUCAACAGUGAAAAUGCAAAAAGGGUUAAGGUUGUCGAAUCAGCAUUAAAAAGCCAGGAAAGAACAGGUGAUUAAACGUAUUAACUGUUUCAGUUUGGAAGUUGAUUUAUGAACCUGCAACAAGAUACCUGUUCUAUAGGUUUUUUUGGUUGGUUUACUGUCCCCAAUAGCGCACAUGAAAUAUUUUCGUUGUAGUUCCUACAAAUUGAUGGAGCUGGAAAUAUCAAUAGCUUGGGGACGUAUACCAGUAUGUUUCCAAAGUGGAUAAUACUCUAGAAAUCAGAAGUGUAGUUCCUCUGAUCACAUUUGUAUUUUAGUACCGGGCAUGAAUGGUUGUUAGCCGAUGGUUAGUUGGUGAUAGGAGCAACAUACAUUUAAAUUCUUAAUCCUUAAUGUAUCUUUACUGUUCAGGAUGAGUUCUAACUCAAAUUUGAAGGAGAUGGCUUCUCUUUUGGUUUUA